GCUUGUUUCACUCCAACUUGGACGACAGAUGAUGACGUAUGGGUGUUGUCCCGUCUCGAAGGGGCAAAUAUAACGCUGCGCUUUGUUAUUCCCUUUCGACUUGACGCGUGUAAACAAAGUAUAGGCGUAAUGCGCACCCGACUACGUGUAUUCGUAGUUAAUGUUGUUUUCUUGUAGCAUGUAAGGCUAAUGGGAAAAGUUGUGUGUUAGCUAGCCUAGCAUGCUAAUGGUCCAAACGAAGAAGGCUAAUUAUGUUUGUAACAUGUCAGUCUGUCCGGGUAGUAAACCUAUUUUUGUUUUCUUAUGGAGCGAGCUAGCCGUCACUUCGGGUGUUUAGCAACUUCGGUUUUGGUCGAGUUUAUCCCCCUGCGAGCGUAGUAGUUCCUUAUCUUGCUCGUUAGCCCAUAUCUUUAGAAGAAUGAACAGAAAACACAAAUAUAAAGGAGCAGAAGUCAGCUGCUGCGUCAAAUACUUCCUAUUCGGAUUUAAUGUUCUAUUCUGGUUACUCGGAGCAGCAUUCCUUGUCAUCGGCCUGUGGGCAUGGGCGGAGAAGGGCGUGCUGUACAAUCUGUCAUCCAUCACAGAUCUUGGAGGUUUCGACCCUGUUUGGCUCUUCAUUGUUGUCGGCGGGGUCAUGUUCGUGCUGGGCUUUGCCGGAUGCAUCGGAGCUCUGCGGGAGAACACGCUCUUGCUUAAAUUUUUCUCCGUGUUCUUGGGUUUGAUCUUCUUUUUGGAGCUCGCCGCGGGAAUCCUCGCCUUCGUCUUCAAGGAUUGGAUCAAAGACCAGCUCAACUUCUUCAUUAACAACAAUAUCAAGGCUUACCGGGAUGACAUCGACUUGCAGAACCUCAUUGACUUCGCCCAGGGAUAUUGGUCAUGCUGUGGUGCUCACGGGCCAGAUGACUGGAACUUGAACAUGUACUUCAACUGCACUGACCAGAACCACAGUCGAGAGCGGUGUGGUGUCCCCUUGUCUUGCUGUGUCAAAGACCCUGUGGGCGUCGUCAACACCCAGUGUGGUUAUGAUGUUCGACGCAAAGAGGGAGCAGUGAGCAGCAGCGGUGCCGCGCCCGGGAAUCUGGAUCAACAAAAAUACAUCUAUACCAAAGGCUGUGUGGGGCAGUUUGAAAAGUGGCUGCAGGACAACCUCAUUAUUGUUGCUGGCACUUUUGUCGGGAUCGCACUUUUACAGAUUUUUGGAAUCUGCCUCGCUCAAAACCUGGUCAGCGACAUCAAAGCUGUAAAAGCCAAUUGGUGACCGGGGGAGGUGAACUGAGGAGUCACUCAGAAGCCCUGCAGGUCUCUGAGGCGGCGCUCCUGUCUGAUGUGUAACUACUCUGCGCUAGGUAGCACAUCCAUGUACAAAAACCUGUUACUUUAGUAGGAUGUGGGAAGCUGUCGGAAGGGAAAACUCCCAAAACAAAACCUUGUUUUCCCCUCAACUGGGAUGUUACGAAGAUCGUCAAUCACUUUUUUUCAACACCAUUUCAUCCAACUUCCCACCACCACCUCAAACAAGUGCGUUAAUGGCACAAUGUUGCACAUGAAUGCUUGUCAGAUGGGGAAUUAAAAGCCAUUGAAGGAACUACAAUGAAGAAAAAUGACCCCUUUCUUUCAGUCAAGCGUUACUUACAUUUAGCUAGGGUCCCGUGGCUCUGUUUGUCUUCUCAUUGGUGACCCCUGAGCCUCAGGAUGGUCAUUACUGACACUUCAGAUGUUUCAGGACAUUUAAAGCCCAAGUUGAAAUUUAAAAAGUGCCAUUAAUCUCCAGUGAUUGUCCCCCUGCCCGCAACAAGCCCGCUAUUCCUCAGGGCCUGUCUGAAAAUCGAUUGUUUAAAAUAUAUUUCGCUUUCUGUCUAUGUCUGGUGGGAAUUACAAUGCACAUACUAUAUGCAGAGAGAAGUUAACUCUUGAACUGUUAAUGUGAUAGGGAUGGCUGGGUUAGCCGCCAUCGAUGUUUGGUUUCUUUCACAGCAUCCCUCAGGCACAUGGGAUUGUUGAUUUGGGGGCCUUUUACCACAUUUGUCUUAUGCUUAAAUUCUAUCGCCAACGAUGUGUUUAGCCUUUAUAUUUUACUUUCUUGUAGCUACAUGUAUAGAGAUUUAAAAAUUGCAGCUUUGUUACUAGACCAAAAUUUGGCAACAAUUUUGGCUCAUUUUUAACCUCACCACAUAAAAUUGGUCGCCCACAAGCAAAGGUUUUCAACUUUGUACUUAUUCAAAGAGCUGACUUUAGUAUUCGCAUUUCUAUAUAGGCAAAAUGUGAAUUUACCGUCCCUUUUAACUCAUUCACUGGCAUUGACAACUAAAGACAUCCAGGAUUCAUUUUUAUUGGACUGGCAGUGGAUGAGUUAAUUUGGAGAAGCACAGUUUACACAAAGAGAAUGCACAUGGUUGUAACAGGAGAUACCGUUUGUCAUCCACGCAGUUACAUCGAUUUGUUUGGAAUGGUUGAAAUAGAUUAGGAAACGAGUACGUUACAUUUGGACAUUGUCAGUAUAAUAUGAUUGCUGCUUGAACUUGAACUAGAUUAUUAGACAAUAGUGCACUUCCAGGCUCUUAUUGUCAUUUUGCCUCAUGCUAAUGAAUCAUUCAGACUAUUUGUUUCAAUUUGCACCUCAGCCGUUCUAUGUCUCUUCUCGUCUCGAGCUGCGCCUUGUCCCCCCGCCUGUCAGGCAGCACAUCAAGCCCUUUGGAUUGUCAUCAUGGCGAGCUGUUUGUCUCUUUGCAAGUGAUGCAGCGAUCUGUCAACAUGUUGGUGGGGAUGCGCUCUAGUAUAAGCCAAAAAAAAAUGAAACAUGAGCUGCCUUAACAUUCUGGGAACAGCACAGCACAGCCUUUUACCUGUGGAAUACGUAUCUGGAAUUUCAGUCUGUCGCGCCGUGUGAUCUCAAGCGCUGUGUACAUGUCACAUGGCGCGCUCGCCUACACGCCCGUGUUUGGUAGCCUGUCAUGCUGAUGUAUUUUUACACGCUCGGGUUGUUUGAACAAGACGCACAGCAAGUUAUUUGUUUUCAAACUAAAUUCUCACAACCUCUCAGUGCUGAUAAAUGCUUUUCUGAGCUUUUUAGACGUCAUUUGUAGGUAAGCACGGGGAGAAGACAAAUUUGCCUUCAGAGCCAACGUAUCGUUUGUAGAGCAUCAAACACAAAUGUCUGAUGUAGUACUUGUGUAUGCUUUCACUGACUACCACAGAUCUUGAGUUCAAUCCAAAGCUGUCGUUGACGCUCAAUGAAAUAAAGCAUGAGUCGAUUUGUUCAGAAAGCUCUUGAACUUGCGUAAGCGUUUGCUCAGGGUUUAAAACACCUGGUCUUGUUUUCAGUGUGGUAGGAGAUUGUGAGUGUGUGUCUAUUAAACGGGCAAUUCCGGGGGAAGUCUUACCUUAUUGAAUGAGGCAGAUGCAUUGGCAUACAGGCUAAUGAAUAAUGCCAUAUUAUUGUGUCGCAAAGUUUUCUGAAUUCUCUAAAGUUUUAAGUGAGUUUUGUCCCCCCCCGCCCUUUAAAUUCUGGCUUUAAAUGCCUUUUAUUACAGGAGGAUGAAAAAGCUCUUUCUGCUUUGUCCUUGUAUUAUAAUGGCCUUGCAUGAACUAGCUUGUUAAUUUCCCAGCUUUCCCGGUGGGCAUUUAAAUCAUUCCUAUGGAGGAGCCUUAUGCAGCCCAUGAAUGUCAAAGUGGGAAACGGCAUGGACCUAGCACACCCUCCUCACGCCACAGGUUAGCUUUAUGCAGUGCACAACACAAAUGAGGAAUGUGAAUCUAAAGGUGUUGUCAGUGACUUUUUUUUCUUGUCUAGAUUUAAAAGUGAGAAAGAGUUGAACAUUCCGUUCUGUUGAUAUUUUGCAAAGAAGCCAUUGUCCACCCAUAAAGUGUCUUCAGGGAAUGAGUUGUGAGAAACAUCAUCACCAUCUUCUGGCACAUUUGACCUUACCAGAGGUUGACCCGGGGUCAUCCGCGGGUCAGCAUUAUUGUCGUUAGCAACAGAAAUGCUCUUUUUCACACAGACCUCCCAGGUCUCAACCCUGUGUCCGUAAUAAAAUGUACGUAUAUUACCCGGAAUGCAUCUUAUGUCUUGCUUUACAGAUACCACUGAACUUUGUAAUCACCGCUCGGGUGUUGGCCUUAUGGAAAAAGAAAAAAAAAACCUGUUUGCGAAUAUGGAAACUGGGACAUGGUCUGUUACACUGUAUAUUGUGUUGAAAUGUGCUUCUUUCAUAUAUUAAAGGAUUUAUAU